UUCUCAAAACCCUAAAAUUACGAUCAGAGAUUCAGAGGUAUCCUUUCCUUUUGCUAGCCCUCUCUUGUUUUCCAAGAUAAUAGCGUCAGUCUGACAAUGCCAUCCAAAUGUUGCUGAAAAAACAUCUACCUUUUCUCUGCCUCUUCUCAAGGUUUUUUGAUGGGGUUUCACCAGAUCCUCAAAAGGGUAUGAGAAGUGGUCAUUUUGCCGGGCCUGUAAAUUACAUUGAGCCAUUGGCCAUUGCCUUUCCUCAAGUAAAAGAGUACGUUUUUAAGGAGAAACAGAGGGGUUUUGGGGGCUGAAAAGCUUUGAACAAACAGAGUUCCAUCCUAUCCUGGUUGCUGCUAUCUGUCUUGCAAAUGGCUUCUUCAUCUUUGUUUUCUACAUGUCCAUUACAAGGGCCCGUGUCUGCUCCUAAAACAAUGAAGUGUUACAGAGACUUCCUUACCAAUUAUUCGAGUCUUUUUAAGCAAUCAUCUGACACCCGAUCACACUCAAGGGUGUUAUUCAAUGUGAAAUCAAUAAGUUGGGAGCAAAGAGGGAGGCUGUUACCAUGGAAUAGGGUCCAAUGUCAAGCGCUGGAUGUUGACAAUAAACCUUCAAUUUUGGUUGGGAACAAGUUUCAACUAGAUGACGUGAUUGAAGCUCAGCAAUUCGAUAGAGAUAUUCUUACUGCUAUAUUUGAAGUGACGCGUGAGAUGGAGAAAGUUGAGAAAAACUCACCCAGAAGCCAAAUUCUUAAGGGGUUUCUAAUGGCUACCCUAUUUUACGAGCCCUCAACUAGAACUAGGCUUUCUUUUGAGUCUGCCAUGAAACGGUUGGGUGGGGAAGUUUUGACAACAGAAAAUGCACGGGAGUUUUCGUCAGCUGCAAAAGGAGAGACACUUGAAGAUACUAUUAGAACUGUUGAAGGGUACUCGGAUAUAAUUGUGAUGAGGCACUUUGAAAGUGGCGCUGCCCGAAGAGCAGCUGCUACCGCCAGUAUUCCUGUUAUUAAUGCUGGGGAUGGUCCAGGACAACAUCCAACUCAAGCUCUUCUCGACGUAUACACAAUCGAGAGAGAGAUAGGAAAGCUAGAUGGAAUUAAAGUUGGUCUUGUUGGAGAUCUAGCAAACGGAAGGACUGUCCGCUCACUUGCUUAUCUGCUUUCCAAGUAUGAGGAUGUCAAGAUCUACUUUGUCUCGCCUGAGGUGGUUAAAAUGAAGGAUGACAUAAAAGACUUUCUGACAUCAAAGGGAGUGAAGUGGGAAGAAAGUGAUGAUCUAAUGGAAGUUGCUUCUAAAUGUGAUGUGGUGUACCAAACUCGUAUUCAGCGAGAAAGGUUUGGAGAGCGAACUGAUCUUUAUGAAGAAGCUCGAGGAAAGUACAUUGUAGAUGGGGCUGUCUUGGGUGUGAUGCAAAAGCAUGCUGUGGUUAUGCAUCCCCUCCCAAGGCUUGACGAGAUAACUGUGGAUGUUGAUGCGGAUGCAAGGGCUGCCUACUUUAGACAAGCAAAGAACGGUCUCUAUAUUCGGAUGGCUCUCUUGAAGCUUCUACUUGUUGGUUGGUGAAUUAUAUGCUCUCUGAUUGGAUUUGAGGCAUAAUAAUCUCUCACUCAAACACAGUUUUGGAUGUACCAGAGUUUUUUGGCAGCAAAUUGCGGGAAUAGUUGGUUCUUCUUAGUUGUUUGGGCAUCGAAUGACCAGCAUUUUUUGUGGUUCUUUUCUUUUUUGGACCUGUUCCUUCAUUGAUUUGAGUUUUAACCUAUUUGAAGGCUUACCUACCUUGGACCUAAUACAGUUUAUCUGUCAUCGUGUGAGCAAAUUGUAGUUAACACUCUAUUAAGGUUGAGUAUAUUCAAUUCCGUGAUACUAACUUCUUUACA